AUGGCUAAUCAAUCAAAACACGACUCUGCCUGGUUCGAUCGACUCUCUCCACAAGAACAAUCCGAACUGCGUCCAUUAAAGAUUGGGCAAAUGGCACACCCUCUGAUCCACGCUGGAUACGACCAAUGUUUUGACUGCGGCAAAUUUGGACAUCGGCAAGACCGCGGUAAAGGUUGCCCUCAUAAAUUCAAGUCAGGGCCAGCUUUUCAAACAUAUCGUCGAGUAACCACGGGGAAAGAUUACAGCAUGAACAUGCUCGUGAUGUCCCCACAAGCCUUGGCGAAAGCACGUGCUGAUGUGUUAGCAAUGGAACUUAAAGACGCUCCACAAUACAUUGGUUGUGACGUUGAUGUUUUGACCCCCUGGGUCUUUAGAGAGCAAGAUCUUGCUAUGCUCGACGCGGUUGAACACUCAAGCAAAGCCGGUCAAUCUGGCAACCGCGAACUCGACGCGGAGGGUAGCAAAGCCAAAAAGGAAGCACCAAAGCAACAAUUGAACAAAAGACUUCUCGAGGUGGCCAACUCCGGAACUUUUCGCGCGUGCAUUCGGAGAAAGGUAUCAGCCAUAUAUCGCGAUUCCGCCAACUGUAAAUUAUUUCGCGCAAUGUACUGUUUUGAUAUGCUAAAUGUAAAGAACGUAGGAUUUUAG